GCAACACGCGCAUCUGCCACUAAGAACAUGCUCAGGGCACCCACCCUACACCAUGCACGUAGACUCACUCGCAAGGGAUGGUCUUAGGGAGCGUAUAAAUAGUCCCCCAUCGCUGCCUCGUCAGCCGUCAUCCUCAAUCCCCAAUUCACAUUCACAGUCGAGCCUCCACCACCUUCUACCGAACAAACCAUCAACACCAAGACCUCAAGACAUUCCCAAUGGCCCGUACCAAGCAAACCGCCCGCAAGUCCACCGGUGGCAAGGCCCCCCGGAAACAGUUAGCCGCUAAGGCCGCCCGAAAAUCCGCACCCUCUUCUGUCACUGCUGGUGUCAAGAAGCCCCACCGUUACCGUCCUGGAACAGUCGCCCUCCGAGAAAUUCGUCGGUACCAAAAGUCAACCGAGCUCCUCAUCCGCAAGCUCCCAUUCCAACGACUUGUGCGAGAGAUCGCUCAGGACUUCAAGACCGACCUACGAUUCCAGUCGUCUGCCGUCAUGGCCCUUCAAGAGUCCGCCGAGGCUUACCUGGUCGGGUUGUUCGAGGACACUAACCUGGCCGCUAUCCAUGCCAAGCGGGUCACCAUCCAACCCAAAGACAUCCAACUUGCUCGACGAUUGAGAGGCGAACGAUCAUGAUCCAACACGGUCAUCUUAAUCAUCUAUCUCUAUCCUCCUCUCUGUUUCCCUAAAUCCAGUUCUUCGAUUAUUUGUUUUUUUUUUGUUGCUUGCUUCUGUGCUUGUAAACCGGUGUAAAACUCUGCCUUGUUCUGUUUUCUUGAAUAAAAGGCCUGAUCUUCAGUGAUCUCUACAACACCGCUCCCCCAAAGCGGGAUACCCCGCUGAGGC